GCUGUUUUGACGCUGAACACAAAAAAUCGGCCGAAAAUUCCAGUAUUUUUUAUAAUACCAAAAUCUUUGGUGCCACAAGUCGAAGGAACUUUCACUAUAGUUUGAAAUUCGCGCGUAAAGGGAACAAACAUGGCGCUCUGGCGACUCCUGUCCCAGUUCAAAUGUUUGUUUUGAUUUUGGAAGGAAGGAAGGAUCACCUGAUUUAUAUCCCUUAAACAUCAGGUUUUUAAAUUAAUUUACCAAAAAUGGGGCUUGGCAAGUGAAUAAUUAGAAAAAAUGGGUCGAUUUCCCACGGGCAGCGUGCUGUCAUUGAAACAGUUUAUGACCAGAAAACAAGUUUUAAAGCUGUACAGAGACACUUUGAAAGCGAUUCAGCGGGUGCCAGAUGAAAAAAGUCGGACUGAUCUUUUAGACUGGGCGCGCACUGAUUUCAAAAAGCACAAAAGCCAGACGGACGAGGAAACAAUCAAGGCUUUAAUUUUCCACGGAGAGCGAUCGUUAAAGGAGCUACGCCAGUCGUUAGAUUUGAGCUGGGCAAGAAUGUUUUAGAAAUAAAACAUCUUGUGAGGUCAACAAGAGUGACAUCACGCGCUCUUCGUCACGAACAAGAAGACGCACCCAACAAGAUUUUACUGUCGCGAUCACCUCUCCGAAUAAUGAGAAAUAUUAA